AUCGCCAGUAGCUGCAACCCUAGAACCGUGCAUCCUUGGGGAAAACCCUUGCAGGGGAAAAACCCAAGGCGGCUAGAACGCUACUCUAUAGACGAGGCAACCGCCCCGUUCCAUGCGGUUUUUGUCACGUGGUCUCAGCCAGUGAGACAGAUUGUCAAAGCCUGGUGGUGUUCCAGGCAGCAGCCGAGGCCGCAAAGAAGAAGAAGGUCUCUGGGCAGUACGCGACUGCAGAGAUCGGUCAAGCAGCUUCCGAGCUGCAAAAAGGGCAACGAACCAUGUGGGGUCCGUGCGUCAAGGUCGAGGGCACCAGAGGGCCCAGAAAGUCGAGCAGCCGAAGGCUGUUUGUGUUGUUCGGGCAGCUAAAGCUGCUGUAGUCGGUCG